AUGUCUUCCAACUCAUCGACGACCAUCAAUCCGAACGGAGUUCCACCUCCCCAGCCGCAAUUCAGCCAAGUGAACGUUUUCAACCUCACCGGUCCGGCCAAGAUCGUCGCCAUCACCGGACAGCUCGCCAUCUACGAGGAUGUAACAAAGCCACCUCCGGGAGACUUCGAGGAACAAGUCAAACUUGCCCUGUCCAAUCUGGAAAAUUGUCUUACCGCAGCUGGAGCAACGAAAAGAGACAUUUUCAAAGUCACACAUCACGUCGUGGACUUUGACUACGAGAAGCAGAAUCCUGCCAAGACAUUUAUUGACUGGCUGGGGAUCGAUCAUCGACCGGCGAGCGCCAUGUUGCCGGUACAGAGACUCGCCCUACCUGGGGGAAAGUACGAAAUCGAGACUUGGGCGAUUGUCCCUGGCCAGUAA